AGAUUACUACAGACUUAACACUGAUCAAAGAUGUCUGAUUAUAUUAUUUCCGAUCAUAAUAAGAUAUCUUUAAUUACUAGACACCGUAAAAGCAUAAUAUUAGUUAAUGUAUACUGGCUUUUGAUCGACAGAUGAAAAAUCACACAAUUCGGUUGCACUGCUUAACAUAUGGUAAAUGUGUAUGUUUGCAAUAUUAACUAAUUUCAGCUGUAAUUUUCUCAAACCAAAUCUCAUAACCGCUGAUAAAUAAAAUGAAAUAAAUUUUGUUAUCAGAGGGUAUUUAAAAUUUGUUAUCAUAACGGUAGAGCGCGGAUGGAUGAAUCAAGGUAUUCGUUUUGUGGUUCAAUUUACAAUCUUGACGAGUUAAACUCUGUAUCUGGAAGUACUAUUUCCAUGAAAAGAGAAAAGACGAAACUUUUACGAGAAGCUGUCCGUGUGCGAAGUAUGACGACUAAGUGCCGUGCAUCGUGCCGUACAAAUUGCUUUCGAUUGAAACCUGAGACAAAUUUGGCUUUGAUGUUAUGUUUAGUAUUUUACUUGUAUAUUUGUCUCGGAGGUGCUUUAUUCCUGUUGCUAGAAGGACGAGCUGAAGCACCAGACAAAACGUUGAAGGAAAGAGAAAGACUCUUGAGGGAAUUCAGUCCCAGGCAACAAGUAACGAUUCAUCAAUUUUGUGAUACUGUUAAUCGAAUUGAAAGAGGAAAAAGACCAGAUCAUGUCUUAUGGAGUUUUAUGGAAUCCACGGAUUUUGCUUACCAAGUUGUCACUGCGCAAGGAACAAUGCAAACGACCAGACUACUCCGAACAACAGGUGCAAAGAUUUCGUAUAUAAUUUUUGUCUUUCUUGGAAUCCCUCUCACCGUAUUAACACUUCGAGCCACUGGUCAAAGAUUAAACAUCUUAGUGUAUUCAACCAUACGUUUUGUAAACGUUAAAGUCUUCCACAGACAGUUGACUCCAAACAUUCACAUCAAAGCUGUGUUAUUCAACACCGCUAUUUUAAUUACUACGUUAUUGAUGGGAAUGACCAUGUACUCACUUACCCAAGAUUGGACUCUCUUAGACAGUAUGUUUUACACAAUCAGUGCAGUUUUCACUAUAAGUAAUAGCAGAGAACAAGUGGUGAAUAAAGACAUCGAGAAUAAUUCAGACAAAGAUAUAAUAUAUCGCUUUUUAUUUAACUUAUUUACCUUUUUUGCAUACACCGUAUUAUCAAGUGCUGCUUGGAGCGCGCACCACUUCACCCGUCAUAUGAGGUUUAAAGCACAAAAUCAGCGAUCGGCUAAAAAUGGUUCAACUUGUCCAUGGGUUGAAAUAACUAGUCAAGCUGUUUCACCAAGCAAAAGUACCAGAGACAGAGAAACUGAUCGAGAAUCAGUAUGUUAGCUUGGCAAUGGCAGCAUUAACUUAUACUAGCUAGGGAAUGAAAUUUAAGGACACCAAAAAACUUUUUAUCAAGAAAAAACGUUUGUUAUUUUCAUUUUUCUUUCGCAAAUAAUAUGCUGACAUCAGCAAAUUCGUUCUGUUAAAAAAAAGAACUGUAAAUAUAAGUUUUGUGUACAUGAAAAAUAAUUUAAAUUACCUA